AUGCCAGGGCUGUGGGGGACCGUUUAUUUUCUAGGCACUGCUCAGGUUUGCGGCUUCUGGUUUUCCCGGUGGAAUUUGGACGGGGUCAUGAAUCAAACUGAUGCUCCUCGACCCCUAAACUGGACCAUCCGGAAGCUGUGCCACGCAGCCUUUCUCCCAUCUGUCAGACUUCUUAAGGCUCAGAAGUCCUGGAUAGAAAGAGCGUUUUAUAAAAGAGAAUGUGUUCACAUCAUACCCAGCACCAAAGACCCCCAUAGGUGUUGCUGCGGGCGUUUAAUAGGCCAGCAUGUCGGCCUCACUCCCAGUAUCUCAGUUCUUCAGAAUGAGAAAAAUGAAAGUCGCCUCUCCCGAAAUGACAUCCAGUCUGAGAAGUGGUCCAUCAGCAAGCACACUCAACUCAGCCCCACAGAUGCUUUUGGGACCAUUGAGUUCCAAGGAGGCGGCCAUUCCAACAAAGCCAUGUACGUACGAGUAUCUUUCGAUACAAAACCUGAUCUCCUCCUACACCUGAUGACCAAGGAAUGGCAGUUGGAGCUUCCCAAGCUUCUCAUCUCAGUUCAUGGGGGCCUACAGAACUUUGAACUCCAGCCAAAACUCAAGCAAGUCUUUGGGAAAGGUCUCAUCAAAGCAGCCAUGACAACUGGAGCAUGGAUAUUCACUGGAGGUGUUAACACAGGUGUUAUUCGUCAUGUUGGAGAUGCCUUGAAGGACCAUGCAUCUAAGUCUCGAGGGAAGAUAUGUACCAUAGGUAUCGCCCCUUGGGGAAUUGUGGAAAACCAGGAGGACCUGAUUGGAAGAGAUGUUGUCCGGCCAUAUCAGACCAUGUCCAAUCCCAUGAGCAAGCUCACUGUUCUCAACAGCAUGCAUUCUCACUUCAUUCUGGCCGACAAUGGGACCACCGGAAAGUACGGAGCAGAGGUGAAACUUAGGAGACAACUGGAAAAGCAUAUUUCACUCCAGAAGAUAAAUACAAGAUGCCUGCCGUUUUUCUCUCUUGAUUCCCGCUUGUUUUAUUCAUUUUGGGGUAGUUGCCAAUUAGACCCAAUUGGAAUCGGUCAAGGCGUUCCAGUGGUGGCGCUCAUUGUGGAAGGAGGACCCAAUGUGAUCUCAAUUGUCUUGGAAUACCUUCGAGAUACCCCUCCCGUGCCAGUUGUUGUCUGUGAUGGGAGUGGACGGGCAUCCGACAUCCUGGCAUUUGGGCAUAAAUAUUCAGAAGAAGGCGGACUUAUAAACGAAUCUUUGAGAGACCAGCUAUUGGUGACCAUUCAGAAGACUUUCACAUACACUCGAACCCAAGCUCAGCACCUGUUCAUCAUCCUCAUGGAGUGCAUGAAGAAGAAGGAAUUGAUUACAGUAUUUCGGAUGGGAUCAGAAGGACACCAGGACAUUGAUUUAGCCAUCCUGACAGCUUUGCUUAAAGGAGCCAAUGCCUCGGCCCCAGACCAACUGAGCUUAGCUUUAGCCUGGAACAGAGUCGACAUCGCCCGCAGCCAGAUCUUUAUUUAUGGGCAACAGUGGCCGGUGGGGUCUCUGGAGCAAGCCAUGUUGGAUGCCCUAGUUCUGGACAGAGUGGAUUUUGUGAAAUUACUCAUAGAGAAUGGAGUAAGCAUGCACCGUUUUCUCACCAUCUCCAGACUAGAGGAAUUGUACAAUACGAGACAUGGGCCCUCAAACACAUUGUACCACUUGGUCAGGGAUGUCAAAAAGCGAGAAUAUCCAGGUUUCGGUUGGAUCUAUUUUAAGGGGAACCUGCCCCCAGACUACAGAAUCAGCCUGAUAGACAUCGGCCUGGUGAUUGAGUACCUGAUGGGAGGGGCUUAUCGCUGCAACUACACGCGAAAGCGCUUCCGGACGCUCUACCACAAUCUCUUUGGCCCCAAGAGGCCCAAAGCCUUGAAACUGCUGGGAAUGGAGGAUGAUGUUCCCUUGAGGCGAGGAAGAAAGACAACCAAGAAGCGUGAAGAAGAGGUGGACAUUGACUUGGAUGACCCUGAGAUCAACCACUUCCCUUUCCCUUUUCAUGAGCUGAUGGUGUGGGCCGUCCUGAUGAAGCGGCAGAAGAUGGCCCUGUUCUUCUGGCAGCACGGCGAGGAGGCCAUGGCCAAGGCCUUGGUGGCCUGUAAGCUCUGCAAAGCCAUGGCCCACGAGGCUUCCGAGAACGACAUGGUUGAUGACAUCUCCCAGGAGCUGAACCACAACUCCAGGGACUUUGGCCAACUGGCCGUGGAGCUCCUGGACCAGUCCUACAAGCAGGAUGAGCAGCUGGCCAUGAAACUGCUGACGUAUGAGCUGAAGAACUGGAGCAACGCCACAUGCCUGCAGCUCGCAGUAGCUGCCAAGCACCGUGACUUCAUCGCACACACAUGCAGCCAGAUGUUGCUCACGGACAUGUGGAUGGGUCGGCUCCGGAUGCGCAAGAACUCAGGCCUCAAGGUAAUUCUGGGAAUUCUACUUCCUCCUUCAAUUCUCAGCUUGGAGUUCAAGAACAAAGAUGACAUGCCCUAUAUGACUCAGGCCCAGGAAAUUCACCUCCAAGAGAAGGAGCAAGAAGAACCGGAGAAGCCCACGAAGGAAAAAGACGAAGAGGACAUGGAACUGACAGCAAUGUUGGGACGAAACAACGGGGAGUCCUCCAGGAAGAAGGAUGAAGAGGAAGUUCAGAGCAGACACCGGUUAAUCCCCCUGGGCAGAAAAAUCUAUGAAUUCUACAAUGCACCCAUUGUGAAGUUCUGGUUCUACACUCUGGCGUACAUCGGAUACUUGAUGCUCUUCAACUAUAUCGUGUUAGUGAAGAUGGAGCGCUGGCCUUCCACCCAGGAAUGGAUCGUCAUUUCCUAUAUUUUCACCCUGGGAAUAGAAAAGAUGAGAGAGAUUUUGAUGUCAGAGCCAGGGAAAUUGCUACAAAAAGUAAAGGUGUGGCUGCAAGAGUACUGGAAUGUCACAGACCUCAUAGCCAUCCUUCUGUUCUCUGUUGGAAUGAUCCUUCGUCUCCAAGACCAGCCCUUCAGGAGUGACGGGAGGGUCAUCUAUUGUGUGAACAUCAUUUAUUGGUACAUUCGUCUAUUAGACAUCUUCGGCGUGAACAAGUAUUUGGGCCCAUAUGUAAUGAUGAUUGGAAAAAUGAUGAUAGACAUGAUGUACUUUGUCAUCAUUAUGCUGGUGGUGCUGAUGAGUUUUGGGGUCGCCAGGCAAGCCAUCCUGUUUCCCAACGAGGAGCCAUCAUGGAAAUUGGCCAAGAACAUCUUCUACAUGCCCUAUUGGAUGAUUUAUGGGGAAGUGUUUGCAGACCAGAUAGACCCUCCCUGUGGACAGAAUGAGACUCGAGAGGAUGGUAAAAUAAUCCAACUGCCUCCCUGCAAGACAGGAGCCUGGAUCGUGCCGGCCAUCAUGGCCUGCUACCUCCUAGUGGCAAACAUCCUGCUGGUCAACCUCCUCAUCGCUGUCUUUAACAAUACAUUUUUUGAGGUAAAAUCAAUAUCCAACCAAGUGUGGAAGUUUCAGAGGUAUCAGCUCAUCAUGACUUUCCAUGAAAGGCCCGUUCUGCCCCCACCUCUGAUCAUAUUCAGCCACAUGACCAUGAUAUUCCAGCACCUGUGUUGCCGAUGGAGAAAACACGAGAGUGACCCAGAUGAAAGGGACUAUGGCCUGAAGCUCUUCAUAACUGAUGAUGAGCUCAAGAAAGUACAUGAUUUUGAAGAGCAGUGCAUAGAGGAAUAUUUCAGAGAAAAGGAUGACCGAUUCAACUCGUCCAAUGAUGAGAGGAUACGAGUGACUUCAGAAAGGGUGGAGAACAUGUCCAUGCGGCUGGAGGAAGUCAACGAGAGGGAACACUGCAUGAGGGCCUCGCUCCAGACCGUGGACAUCCGGCUGGCGCAGCUCGAGGACCUCAUCGGGCGCAUGGCUACAGCCCUGGAGCGCCUGACGGGUCUGGAGCGGGCCGAGUCCAACAAAAUCCGCUCGCGGACCUCCUCAGACUGCACAGACGCAGCCUACAUUGUCCGCCAGAGCAGCUUCAACAGCCAGGAGGGGAACACGUUCAAGCUCCAAGAGAGUAUAGAUCCUGCAGGUGAGGAGACCUUGUCCCCAACUUCUCCAACCCUAAUGCCCCGUGUGCGAAGCCAUUCUUUCUAUUCAGUCAGUAUGAAAGACAAAGGUGGGAUAGAAAAGUUGGAGAGUCUUUUUAAAGAAAGGUCCCUGAGCCUACACCGGGCCACUAGUUCCCACUCUGUAGCAAAAGAAUCCAAAGUUCCUGCAGCCCCUGCAAACACCUUGGCCAUUGUUCCUGAUUCCAGGAGACCGUCUUCAUGUAUAGACAUCUAUGUCUCUGCCAUGGAUGAGCUCCACUGUGAUAUAGACCCUCUGGACAAUUCCAUGAACAUCCUUGGGCUGGGAGAGCCAAGCUUUUCGGCUCCAGUAUCUUCCACAGCUCCUUCAAGUAGUGCCUAUGCAACUCUUGCACCCACAGACGGACCUCCAAGCCGGAACACUGAUUUCGAGGACAUCACCUCCAUGGACACUAAAUCUUUUUCUUCAGACUAUACCCACCACCCGGAAUGCCAAAACCUGUGGGACACUGACCCUCCAAUGUACCACACCAUCGAGCGUUCCAAAAGUAGCCGCUACCUAGCCACCACCCCCUUCUUUCUAGAAGAGGCCCCCAUCGUGAAAUCUCACAGCUUUAUGUUUUCUCCUUUGAGGAGCUAUUAUGCCAACAUUGGGGUGCCUGUGAAAACAGCAGAAUACACAAGUAUUACAGACUGUAUUGACACAAGGUGUGUCAAUGCCCCUCAAGUGAUUGCUGACAGAGCCACCUUCCCAGGAGAUCUCGGAGGAAAAGUGGAGGACUCAUCAUGCUGCCAUCCCGAACGAGAAGCAGAACUGAGUCACCCCAGCUCUGACAGUGAGGAGAAUGAGGCCAAGGGCCGGAGAGCCGCCAUUGCAGUACGCCCCCAGGAGGGUGAUAAUUCAGACAGAACCCUGUCCAACAACAUCACAGUUCCCAAGCUAGAGCGUGCCAGCAGCUACUCAGCAGAGGAGCCAGGUGUGCCAUAUGCACACACCAGGAAGAGCUUCUCCAUCAGUGACAAGCUCGACAGGCAGCGGAACGCAGCAAGCCCGAGAAAUCCCUUCCAGAGGAGUAAGUCCUCCAAGCCAGAGGGCCGAGGGGACAGUCUGUCCAUGAGGAGACUCUCCAGAACCUCCGCUUUCCACAGCUUUGAAAGCAAACACAACUAAACCUCCCAGUAAGCUUUGCAGGAGGCUCAAGAAUCCAGCCCUAAAAGUCUCCCCCAAAUUCACCUGUUCCCGUUUCUUGAAACUUAUCUGCUUUAUUCUUAGCUGAGCAAAACAAAUAUUGCUUUGGGAGGUGUUAAUUCAAAGGUGACUUCUGGGCAGAGAUCAAGAAAGCAUUUGUUCUGGCCCAGUGCCAAACAUGGGAUUUAAGUCAUGU